AAAUUAUAAUAUUUAUUUAUUUGUAAUAUCUCGAGUAAAAAAAUUAAAAUGAAUUAGUGUAUUUAAGAGUAAAUAGAAAACUCAAAUGUUCAAGCUGUUGUAGAAGCUAUUGUGUUUAAAAAAUACUCUAGAAGUAGAAGACAAAUUUCUUAUCUUUCUUAGAUAACUAUUGGGGAACAGUAAGGUUUUAUUAUUUUGGAGUAAGAAUAAAUAGAAUAAAUUAUUUCUGAAAAUUUACUGGCAAACCGAAUUGAGGUUUAUGAAUAUGAAUUGAGCUAAUCAAUAUUUUAAAAAGAACUAAAAAAGUAUUUAGCCACAAAUGACUCAUUAAAUAAUAAUCAGCAAGGCUCAAAUGAAUAAUAAAAGAUAAACUAAUAAGAACAUGAGCUGAAUGAUUUUGAGCUUGAGAGUAAUAAAGUUAAUGUAUCUUUGUAAAGAGAAUAAUAAAUUUUUAGUGAUUUUGAAGGUGAAAAUAUAUGUGAUGAGAAAAAUAUUUUGAAUUAAGAAGAGAUUUAACUCAGCGAAAAUUUAUAAGAGAAAGAUGCUGCAGAAAAUUUAGGGUUUAUUGAAGAAAACUAUGCUUAAAAAGAAUCUAACACAAACAAAGACUAAUAAGGUGAUUAAGAGUAAUUUAAUGAAUAAUAUAUGCAGGCUGAAGACUUAGUUAUAAAUAUUCAAUCUCACUAUUAAGAAUAAGAGACUGAAUAAUUCCAUGAAUAAUUGGAAGAAUAAUCGAAGCAUGAAUUAACUAACAAAGAAUCUAAUAAUUUUAUUGAAGAAAAUAUCCUAAAUGCAAAUUUAGUAUAAAAAGAAAAUGAAAAUUUGGAAUCAACAAAUGAAAAUAAGUGCUAAAAUGAGUAAGAAUAAAACCAUUCACAAUAAGAUAAUUAAUAAUAAAUGUAAUUGUAAUAAAAUAAUUAUGAAUAAAAGUAAUUUCAAUAAGAUAAUUAAGAAUUGAUAAAUAAGCAAGAUUAGCUAUGUCAAAAUAAUAUAAAUUACCACACUUAAUUUUUAAAAUAAGAUAAUUAUUAAUUUCAACAGCAGCAAUAGAAUGGAUAAUAACAAAAUUUGUAAUAUACAAUUUAAUAAAUAUUCAAUCAAGAAAAUGAUAGUGAUAGUUAAUCUUCCUAGCAUAAUAAUAAAUCUCCUCAAAUUGAAAUUAAUGCUUAAGAAGCUUAGCUUGAUUAAAGCAAGAAACAAAGUCAUUAGAAUUCAAGUAUGAAUCUGUCUUAAGGUAAAAUGCACGGAUAAAAUAGUUAAGGAAAAAAUUAAAAUUUUUAGUUAAGUCAGAGUAUUUAAUUAGUAAAUUUAAUAGAUGAAACUUCUCAAUAAUAAGAUAGAAAACUAGAAUUUGACUCUAAAAUUGAAGAUGAAUCGAUUCUAUAGUAAUAAUAAUAAUAAUAAAGCUAAUCAUAAGCUUUAAGCUAACAAAAAGAAGAAAAGAUCAUUGAAAACUUUGAACUUAGUGAAGUAAAAAGCGAGGAUGUGAAUUUAUUAAUUUAGAGUAAAGACAAAUUUUUAGUUUCACAAGCUUAAGAUACAAAAACAGAAUUAGAAAGCCAGUCAUCAGAACUUCUUAAUUUAAUCAAUUAAAAGGAAAAACUACAAAAAAAUGCUUAAAUUGAUAAAAAAUUUUCUGAAAAAAUUUACUAAAAAAGGUAAGUCAGUCAAAUAAAAUAAGAUAAUAAAUAAAAUAAUUUAGACUUAAAUAACAACAAUAGACGUAAUAUUUAAAGCACGAAUGUAAAAAAUUAGCAAAAUUCAAUCGUUUUAAAAAAUGAUCAAGAGAUUUUUAAGAUGCCAACCAAAACACAAAAAUCAAGAUAAUAAAAUGAAAAUCUAUCUCAAAAACAAAAAUAGGCAAGUAAAAGCAAUCUCUGUUUAAUCGAAAUUGAUUCAGACGAUUAUAUUUGUGUGGAUAACAAAAAUUAUAAAGUACUUUAAAAGCCCAAAGAAGUAACGAUACAGCCUUCAAUUUCAGAAAUAGAUUAAUUUCAUUCUUUAGAGAGCCAUGAUUUAAUUAAAAAAAGUAAAGAACAAAUAAAAAUAACAAAAUAAAUUGGAGCUAUGAAAUAUUUGGUUAAUGAGUUGAGUAACAAAAAUUAAUAUGGGUAAUUUUCUAAAGACAAGGCAGACAUUAUAAUUAACCAUAAACUAAAUAUUCGUGAAUAACACUAAGACGAAGUUUAUACACAAUUCAACAUUACCAAAUGCUUAUAUAAAGUUACAUGGAAAAAAAGACCUUCUGGAAGAAUUCCUCAACCCAGUUAUUUCACUUUCAACGAACUAUAUCAAGUGGCUCCAAGGUUACUUCUAGAAUAUCUAAAGAAAAUGGCAACACUGAAAGUGUGA